AUGGGUGAUCUGCUCGUUGAAUUUAAUCGAAUUGUUUCGUUGCAGUUUCAACCAAUUGGAGGCGAAGUGGCGCCACAGAAGCUCGACUUCAGUGCAGUGCAAGAGGUGGGUGAUUGGGCUCAGGAGACUGCUAACUGGGAUCGUCAACAGCAAACUGAUCCAGCGCAACAGGAAUGGGGUGCUGCUUCGUCGAGUGCUGCACACUGGUGA